UGUUUCUUAGACUCCAAGGCCUGCUGCCCUGAUACAGAGUUUGUCCUUGUGACCUGGUCCUGCCUAGGGGAAGAUGCUGGGAGGGAAACGUUGUUAGCUUUUGACAGAAUUUGACUCCCCAAAUAGGCAGCUGGAUGCUUUGAUUUAAAAUUGCUCCCGACAGCUCAUUCUGGGUGUAUAAAACCAAGAUAGUGGUUCUGAGUGCACACAAGGCUGUGGUCACCAUGUGUCCCAAGGCAUGUCCAGGUCUGUUGUUGCAGGAGAGGUGACGGUCACAUUCGCUGCGGUGAGCAGUGGAGCCAAGGGGAGCUGCUGAGUGACGCAGUGAUGUGACCAAAAUCCCACAUGCGUCAAAAGGCUCCCCCUAGGGAAGAGCACCGUGGCUGCUGCAGCCCUUUUAAGACCAAGUGCUUGACAUAUUUCACCCAGUGCUUUCCAGAGCAGCGGAUUCCUCCGUGGGUUCAUUGGUUUGUUCUCGGCUGACAUUGCAGAGGAGCUGUGUGCUGUGUCUGUGCGUAAGUGAGGAUGUGAAUUCAGCCAGGAGCAGUUUCUGGGUUGUCACACAUGGCAGAAGGGCUGGGCACAACAGCGGAUAAUCCAUCGCCCUGCUGCUGUUGGGGAACGGGGCUACAUGCAAGAGCACCAGCAUGGGAGCCAGCAUCUUGGGCUCAUCGUGGCUCUAAUGAUGUGAACCAGUGUCGUUGUUUUCAGUUUUUCAGUUCUUUAUAUCCAUUUAGCUGCUAAUGUGUCACGUAACCGCAGUGGUCUUUGCACGGUUGGCAAAAUGUGUGCACCCCUCUGUUCUGUCCCCUCACACACAUUUCAUAAAUCUGUAGGCUUUUCCUUCUGCAUUUGGAAAAGGUAUUUCUGUGAAGGCAGCAUUCCUUUUUGACCUAAUUUUGGGACAUCUUUCCAUUGCCUGCAAAAUGGCCUAGGCUGGGCAGCGCAUGGUAGCAGAAAGCUGGAUCACCAGGUGCCUUGAUUUAAAAAUGCAGCUCCCAAUUCAUCUCAUUCAUGUUAUUCUCUUCUCACUGUUCAUUUUUUCCACUGUCAAUUAAUUUUAAAGGUUUAGGCUUGUGAGAUGCAAGGAAUUGCCGUGCAGAAAGCAGGCUUGAGGCAGCUGGGGACACGCGUGGCAGAGGUUACCUUAAUUUUGCAGAAGUACUUUUGAGGCAAACGUCUUUCUUUUAAGGCCUUGUGCAAAAAAAGGAAAAAAGUAAACAAAUUAUUACUAGAGAAACACCUUUUAAAAUGUUUGCUGUACUAAUAGAAGUGCUUAAUGUACAUAAGGAUGCUGUCUUUUUUUGAAGAGGGAUGUAAUGAGUACUCACCAGGAGCCUCCUUCCUGUAUUGGCUGGGUGCUUGUGGUGCGCAGGGAUGCUGCUGCCUUAGGCCAAGCUGGGCUUCAUAUCCUUCUGUACAAUUUUUCUGAGCCUCAAGCUAAUUGGAUUGUCUCUGCUCACCCCUCGCUGUGAUUGCAGCUGGCUGGAGCUGGGUGCGGUGGUAUCGAUCCUUCAGAUGGAAUUGUUUUAUGGAGGCUCUCUGAUUUCCUGCCGGCUAAACUCUCUCUCUGAUGUGAAUGACAUUUGAAGAAGCACCAAGUGUCGCAGUGCCCUGUCUGAAAUACUGGAAACAAGCUGAGCGCGAAUUGCUCAACUCUGUUCUGUUUUGUGCAACCUUUGCUUCAUAGGUUGACAUCUAUAUUCAGUGGAUAGCCAGGCUCGUUUGGGCUGUGCAGGGUCUACCAGUGCAGGCAGGCUGGUGGCUAGCUUUAUUCAGAGAGGCUGAAUCGUUCCCUGCUCCUGUUAAGUACCGCAGGGACUCUCUUAAUGAACAUCCCGCUCUGUGCUCUAACUGUCCUCUCCAUAGCUCCUGAAGGGUGGGGAUUGUUUAGAGAGGUGGAAUUGCUGGCAGAUGCACACCAUAAAUGCUGCUGCUGACUCUAAUUGGUUUUGGUAUUUGCAAAAACCUCCCGUUUGCUGCGAGAUGAGCCUUGUGCAGGGCCCACGCUCCCGGGUGCAGCUCCAUAAUCAGCUCUCCCAACUCCCCCUUGUGUAGAAAGUGCACACUGCUGGCCCGGGGUGCAGGGAUGAGAAACCACUGUGGUCUGGCCCUGUAAGGAACCCAGAGGUCUUGGGGAGAAAGCAGAAGAGGAUUGCCACGCUUGCCCUAGUCCCUUUGGUUUUAGACUAGGAGACCCAGCCUGAGAAGCAAAGGUGAAGAUAAUGACUGAGAAGGAGCUCCUGGCUGUGGCCUGUGAGCAGUUCUUGGGGAAGAACGUGCAGGAUGUGAAGAACGUGGUCCUUCAGACACUGGAGGGGCAUCUACGCUCCAUCCUAGGUACCUUGACAGUGGAGCAGAUCUACCAGGACAGGGAUCAGUUUGCCAAGCUGGUGCGGGAGGUGGCAGCUCCUGAUGUGGGUCGCAUGGGUAUCGAGAUCCUGAGCUUCACCAUCAAGGAUGUCUAUGAUAAAGUAGAUUACUUGAGCUCCCUGGGAAAGACUCAGACUGCGGCUGUCCGAAGGGAUGCAGACAUCGGUGUGGCAGAAGCCGAGCGAGAUGCUGGCAUUCGGGAGGCAGAGUGCAAGAAAGAAAUGCUGGAUGUCAAGUUCAUGGCAGAUACCAAAAUAGCAGAUUCCAGACGGGCUUUUGAAUUGCAGAAAGCUGCCUUCAGUGAGGAGGUCAACAUGAAGACUGCAGAGGCCCAGCUGGCCUAUGAGCUCCAGAGCGCCCGGGAGCAGCAGAAGAUCCGCCAGGAGGAAAUUGAAAUCGAGGUGGUGCAGCGCAAGAAGCAGAUCGAUGUUGAAGAGAAGGAGAUCAUCCGGAUGGAAAAGGAGCUGAUAGCCACUGUGAAGCGGCCGGCCGAGGCUGAAGCCUACCGUAUCCAGCAGAUCGCCGAGGGCGAGAAGGUGAAGCAAGUCCUCAUUGCGCAGGCGGAGGCAGAAAAGAUCCGCAAGAUCGGAGAAGCAGAGGCUUUUGUAAUCGAGGCCAUCGGGAUGGCAGAGGCUGAGAGGAUGAAGCUGAAAGCUGAAGCGCUCCAGCAGUAUGGAGAAGCUGCCCAGCUGGCUCUAGUGCUGGAUGCGCUGCCUGAGAUCGCUGCCAAAGUGGCUGCUCCCCUCUCCAAAGUGGACGAGAUCGUUAUUCUCAGUGGAGAGAGCAGCAAUACAACAUCCGAGGUAAACCGUCUGCUGGCUGAGAUCCCUGCCUCUGUGCGUGCCAUCACUGGCGUGGAUCUCACAAAGAUUCCCCUGAUCCAGAAAGCCACCGGGGCCCAGGCAUGAGGCUGGGCAACCCAAAGCUAGUGAAGAUCACUCCCUGUUAUGCACUCAGACAUCAACUGCCUUCAACACGUGGGAAUUCCUUUUAUAUCAAAGACAAUUGGAGUUUCAUUUUUAA